AUUCGGUAUAGGAAAACAUGAGUCGGAAUAUCUAGUAGAUAGAAAAUUCCUAUUCGCCGUGACGUGUUUAUUUAAAGCUGUGAUGAUGUUUUAUUAACUUUUUUCAAUUUUCUGUUCAUGAAAAUGUUCAGAUAACACUCAGAUCUUUACUUGAUACCCGAAUCGUUUUAAAACAAAGUAUACCGUCCAUGUACUCUACGUAUUGUUCUAUCGAAGAGGGGACGUAAUAAAGGAGUGAAUUGCAAGAGAGCAGAGAAGAAAAGAGAAACCAGCACAAAGAAGACAAUAUUCACCGCACAUUCUUUCGUGGAAUCGUUUUGGAAGAAUAUUGGAAAAUAAAAAGAGAAACAGAAAAUGUGACAGAGACCGACCGGGUUGGUUCGAGCUCCUACCGAUGUUGGUAAUCCAGUCACCAUUCAUCCCGUUCCUGCAUGCAACGGCAGGCCCUGGUCCCCCGUCUAAUAAUAGAACGGCGAUCCGCGUACAAAUAUAUUCGUCGGUUCUUGAAUAUAAGUAUACCGAAGAGCCAUUUCUGUGGCCCCUAUCUGGAUCCCUCGGCACACGUGUCGCGUUAAAGGGGACUAAAAACUGAAACGCACGUCCCUCAAAUGUGUACAUAAAACAAGUACAAUGAGCUGACUAGAAUCUCUCAAGAGUACUUGGAGAAAGAGAGACACGGAGAGUCGCGUCCCGAAAAAUAAUAAUAAUAUUCUGACAAUGAACGCUGGAAUAAAAAGGGUUCAUGCGAAGAGAUCAUUCGAAUUCGGAGCAAGGGGGAGGGUGAGGAAUUAGGGUAAAAAGUCGGGAACACAGACAAGCUCAUAAACAGAGCGCGUCGCUUCGGCGACUGAAGUCCGAGCCGCAGGUUCACGCGUUAAGUUCAACGGUCUGGACUUGGCGGGGUCGUCGUCGGCGUGGUAGUCGUCUAGGGCUAUUGAGGGACGAGGGGUGGGAGGUCGUAUGCAAUCGUCGGAUGUCGGUGUUUCAUUUUCGCGUUUGGUGGGUCGUUGGAGGGCCGGGAUCAACGUCUGCCUCACUCCGCCUCGCGCUCUGCAGCGUGCAGCAACGCAUGUGUGGGGGAGUCCAAAAGCUCCCGAAACGCGUGAUUUCCGAUUCAUUAGAGAAAAAAAAACUCACCACGAUUAUCAGUCCUAUGCCUAAUCUCAACUUCACUCUUUCAUUAGAAAUCACAAGUUAUUUUUAUUCGUUUCAUCGGAGUCCGAUACAACAUACGUGAAGUCGUACCCUCGUGCAGAGGAUAUCUUGGAAACUACCAUCGGUAAUUAAGACUUUUUAUCUAGUCAAUAUUUCUUUCCGUUUCUAUGAGUUUAUUCAUUGGAAAAGGUAUAAUGCGCGAUUGUAAAAAUGAACGUGAAUCGAUAUACUUUUGUGUCAUCGGCUUUAGCUGAUAUGAAUUGUCAAACAUAAAAAUUAUGUGGUGAUUUAGUAGGUAUGUGAUUAACGGAUAUUAUAUAAUUUGCAUAAAGUUUAGUAGUGAGGAAAUAAACACUAAUUGCCAAGGAUAAUUAAUAUCAUGGGAACCGAAUCGGGUGCAGGAUAUGCAGAAAACUUAUCAACGAGUAAUGGAACUGCCGUGGAUUCCGAUGGUUCCGAUACCUGGGAAGAUUUCUUUGGUACCUCGACGGACCUGGUCCCUCAAUUACUGGGGAUGUUCGACGAACUUGUACGUAGGGGUUCGACCUGCAAUAAUCAUGUGGGAUUGCCAUCCUGUAGUAUACCAGCUGCUCUUCAAAAACGAUUGAGUUUGGUAUCGAAAUCGCGUAGAAGUUCACUUUUGAAUCCGUUAUACGCGCCAGAGUCUUUACCACCGACCCUUCAGUGCAGAGAGGAACGAAAAUCAGAUAAAAUUGGCGCAGAGAUGGAAUCUAAGGGAAUUAUAUCUUCCGUCGUGGAUACCGCAGCAAAGAAUAAUGUGAAAAUCAAUGUUGUCGAUAAUCAUGAUGUGAUUGAUCGUAAGGAUUUGAAUAUCGACGGUCGGGAAUCGGAUAGAAAGAUUGGUGGAAAUCAAAUCGAAUGUCAAGCACUUGACUGUGGAAGAAAAUCUUUGUAUAACCAGGGAACUCCGAAUGGAUUGUCACCCCUUCGAUAUAACAGAAGAUGUAGAAAUGGUGGAAGACCGUUGUCAGGAAGUUCUAUAGCUUCUAGUACCUCUUCAAGUGGAUGUAGCAAUCAGGGAAUCGCAUCUGCAGUCAAUCCGUACUUAGCUUCCGUUGAAUCGCUCGCUGAUAACUGCGCCAGUUCACAAGGGUCUGGCGAUAGUGGUGUGGUUACUGUAUCUGAUAGCAUUUGUCGGGGUGGAACUGGAAUCACUGGUAGUAACCAACGGAGCGAUAGUGUAGAGCGAGAACCUUCGACAUAUCAAAGUAGACCAAGGUAUUGCGAUCCUCAUCUUAACCCUGUGGAAAGAGUAUUGUUGGAGAUUGUGGAUACCGAAGCGGUCUACGUAGAACACCUUCGCCAAGUCAUACAGGGAUAUCUUAUAUUUUGGCGAGAUGAUCCAACAUCGUUAAUGGAUGAACCACAACUCUGUGAUUUGUUUAGCAAUAUUGAAGAUAUUUACGAAUUCAAUAGUGAAUUUCUAAAGGAAAUAGAAGAAUGCGAAUUGGAUCCGGUCUGUGUGGCGAAUACUUUUAUUAAACAUAAUUCCGGCUUCAAAGUCUAUACCGAAUAUUGUACCAACUAUCCCAGGACAGUCGCGGUGUUAACAGAUUUAAUGGGACAUGAGCGAACAGCAAGUGCAUUUCGGGAAAGGCAGGCGGCUCUUGGACACGCUUUGCCGCUCGGUUCUUUCCUCCUCAAACCUGUCCAGAGAAUAUUGAAGUACCAUCUGCUCUUACAGAAUUUGUCGAAGGAAUGCGAUGCAGAAGUCGGUGAAAAUGAAAUAAGCUUUGGUACUAUAAACGCCAUCGAAGGUGCCUUAGCAGCGAUGACUGGGAUCGCGCGUCACAUUAACGUAAUGAAAAGAAAACAUGAACACGCAGUUCGUGUUCAAGAAAUUCAAUCUUUAUUGUACGGUUGGCCUGGACCAGAUCUUACAACCAGCGGGGAAUUGGUGGCAGAGGGAAGAUUUCGCAUGCGUGGUGCAAAGGCGCCAAGGCAUGCAUUUCUCUUCGACAGAAUGCUGCUUCUUACCAAGAAGAAAGAAGAUGGACUCCUCGUUUACAAAGCUCAUAUUGUGUGUUCGAAUUUGAUGCUCAUUGAAAGCAUUCCAGGAGAAGCACUCAGCUUUCAUGUUAUUCCGUUCGAUAAUCCGCGUCUCCAAUACACGUUACAGGCUCGAAACUUGGAACAAAAAAGAGAGUGGACUAUGCAAAUCAAGAGAGUCAUACUUGAAAACUAUAACGCAGUGAUUCCCUCACACGCCAGACAGCUAGUCAUGCAGCUCGGGCAGACGCCACCUGAUGACGAAUCUGCCGGAGACAGAACAUCCGCUAAAAAACAGCACUCGGCACCUCCCGAAUAUUUAGAAAAGCGAAAGCAAGAAAGGGAGAGACGUAAGUCUGAGACAGGACUUAGGCAGAGAUUACGAAAAACUGGUCGCAAGACUGAUAUUAGUCCAGCUGCCGUUGAGGUGAGCUCAACUGUUUGGCAUUUUGCUACACUUCUACAACCUGCUACACCUAACAAUCCUUCUUCUCUUAACAAUUCUACCGAGGACCUACCAAGUAGCGUGAGUAAAAAUCAGUCCACCGAGUCUAUAAUAAGCAACAGUAGAGAUCGAAGUCUGAAUAGAUCCGCGGAAUGUCGGACGUCCAAAGUUAAGGACCGAUUCGCCAGUUGGAGGAGAAAAUCUGAACCUGGUUUUCAGUCUUACGUAUCGCUGAAUCAGUCUGACGAGGAAGAAAAAGAUAGCGAGGCUUGCACCGAAGAAACUGUACUUAAUACAGAGCAUUAUGAAACAGUAGACGAUGCGGAAGCACCUUCGAUCGUGCAGUCCCUGAAUAAUAACUCUCCUUCUCCUCCCCCUUCCUGUCCUCCUUCGCCACUACCCGCUUUUACACCCACUGCAUUGAGUACCAAAGAAAAUAACGAUAAACAAGAACAGGUGGCACAGACGAUGGAAGAAAUAGUCGGACACAUAUUAAUGCAGAAUAGAGAUUUCCAGAAAUUGUUGGAAAAACAGCGGACGAGCAGCAUAAUAAAUAUGCGGCAGCAGCAAAGAUUCCAUAAGCGCGUUUCACCGGAUACAUCUGAUGAUAGCGAGACUGAAAACGACACAACCAAUAAUAAUAAUAACAAUAAUAGUAAUAAUAGAGGAACUCGUUUGCGAUUAGCGAGACGCGAGCAACGAUUACUCCGGGCAAAUAAUGCAAGAAAUUCGACUUCUCCUCCGCCGAAAGAAGAACUACAACUACGCUACGAUAAUCUUAGAGCUGACAGCGACAACAAAUCAUCGCCGGUCGAAUCAAUGCAAGCUAAGAACCGAACAAACCGAAUAAACGAGAAAAGAGCAAUAUUUGAAGCCUUCAAGAGGCAGGGAAUUGUUACUGAAAGUAAAAUCAUACAAACUGCACUUCGGAUAAGGGAAACUUCAACAUUAGAAAAUAAUGAAGAUGAUGUGGAUGAGAAGAGCAGACCAUCGAGCGAGAACAACCAUUGUGAAGAAGAGAAGAAAAAAUUCCGUGGUUCGCAUCAUAGUGACGCUAAUGUCGAAAAGCCUAAGAGCAACGAUGAGUCUCAAGGAUUCGGUAACUACGAUAAUUUGCAAAAAGUGUGGGAAGGAAUUGGAGAACAGGAAGAAAUUGAUGCUGAAGACAGUCCAACCAAACCAGCUGUCUGGCUGACUAAACUUUGUCAAGACUUACCCACAGCGACGCAAAAGUGUGGCUCACUUCCUCGUAGCUUCCAGAUAAAUCCUCACGUUGAUGCUCAACCACAGUUAACAAAAUCAAGAUUUCUGCAAAGAGAUGGAAAGCCAAUGAAUGAACGGCCUCUCACAAUAGCCUCCGAUAAACCUGCGGAAAUUAAUCUUGAGGAUAUGGAAAGGUACGCUUCAUCCUGCCAACCGGAAGGCAGAAUUGCAAAGUUCCCUACAUCUACGUCGACAUCUACAUUUUUUUAUUCCCUCGAAGAAGCAUUUAUUGAUCCAUAUUCCGAACUCCACUCUGCUACUUCUGCAAGCACAAACGUACAUCCAGAUCAUAAAAUUUACAGACCAAACAGUAGCGCAGGAACCAUCUUCAAAAACGUAUUUUCCAAGGCAGGCACUAAGUUUCAAGGACUCAGGUCCACCGAAAGCAUUGAAACUCUAGAAUGCGGCCAUGAAACUGAAAAAAUACGGCCAUUCCGAUCUCCUGGCUACAACAGCAACAGUAACAGCAGGUUGAAAAAAAAAAUCAAGUCCAAAUCCUCCAGGGAAUCGUCCGACGUUGAUGAAACAUUCACGGGAUGUGUAGCUGGGGGAACUAAUACUUUGCCUUCUAGGGUUCCUUUGACAAUUCCUUCCGCUUAUUACAAACAGGGUAGUUCUGGGCUUGGAGCUCGUAUUGCGCAAGCAGACUAUGCAGACCCGGCAGUACUUUUUGGGGAAAGUAGACGUGCUGAAUGUACGAGUCAAAGCUCAGAACUGAAAAAAGAGUGCUCUCACGUCCAAGAAAACGAUAUUGAAAAAUCUUUAGAAGAGCGUAGGGAAAGUGAAAUAGAUAGUUUUUAUGAAAAGUCAUUUGAGACCAUAGAAAAUUAUGUCGAUGCUGAUAUUGAUGAAGUGUUCAGAGAUAGUGCAAUAUUUAGUGAUAUGGAUGAGGUGAUUUCUAGCAAAUCAAUACCAGCUACCAGUGGAUCUUCUACAAAAGUUGCAACGAUAUAUAAAGUUGCUCCUCCUAUUCCUGCUAAACCUAAGCCAGAGACGAUUCCGAAAUUACUGGCUAAGAGAGAGAAAGAAGGCGAAAAAGUCCCACCAGCUGUAGCCCGGAAACCUGAUUACCUAAAGGUCCGAAGUGUCUUUCAAGAUGGGCUACAAAAUACUAUUGCUCAGUCGGUGAAGAGAACAACAAUUCAAGUACAGCAAAGCAUGAUGAAGCUGGAAAAACGUGUUGAUUUUGAAUCUGAGCAGGAAUCUAUUACGAAUACAAAUGCAAUUGGAAAAGAUGAUGUUUCUGCAGGCCAGAGCCGAGCAGGUUGGGUACGGAAAAUGGUGGACCACCUUCAAGGUGAAGAAAAUGUUUAAAAUGUAGUAUCAAUUUUUUGAUUGGAAAAAAAAUAUGAUAUGGGUAGAUUAGUGCUUUGGUGAUAUAGAUAUAUUUGAGUUAAUUUUGGUUUAUCUUAUUUUUUUAAUUACCUCAUCGGAACCCACCAAAAUGAGGUUCUUAAAAUCUCAGGAACUGACGCGCUACUACCAAUUAUAAUUUUUUCUUUCAAUUCAGUUUAUAAUUAUCAAGAUUCGCGGCAGCGAAUUGCCGCCAAGUGCUCUUUUGCCGGCGUAUCAUAGAUAUAUUGAACUUUUCAUACUAUAUCUUUGUACAACUAUAUGUAUCUACGAACCAUGUAUACCUAUAGUUAUAUGUUAAUAUAGAUUUUAUCAAUAUGUCAUUGUUGAGUUUGGAAGAAUUCAUACCUAGAAUUCAUACCUAGAAUUUAUAUCUCAUUGCGAGGCAUCAACACAGGUUAAAACAGUAUUUGAUAUUUUGUGUGUAAAUAUUUGUAGUAAUAUAUCGUUUAAAACAAUAA